UCGCCCCUCCCCCCCAGUUCGUCCCGCAGCCCAGUGGCCGCGCCGCUGAGUUGGGCUCCCCUGUUCCAGACUUGUGCAGAGCGGGUGGAGAGGUUGGGCUUUUCAGUGGAAGCAGCAUCCCUGUCGUCUGGGACCUGGCGGAGGGCGUCUCCACUCUGGGGGAAGCAAAGGACCCGCCCUGACCUAGCCUGGCCCAGCCUGGUCCUGCCCGGCCUGAGCGCCCCGCCCAGGAGCUGACUCUGAGGCAGGGGCCACUGGGGUUCCAGAGCGUGGCCGCCAUGGACAAGAUCUUGGAGGCGGUGGUGACGUCAUCAUACCCCGCGAGCGUGAAGCAAGGGCUGGUGCGCCGAGUGCUGGAGGCGGCGCGGCAGCCGCUGGAGCGGGAGCAGUGCCUGGCGCUGCUGGCGCUGGGCACGCGCCUCUACGUGAGCAGCGCCGAUGAGCUGCCCCGCCGCGUGGGCUGCCAGCUGCUGCACGUGGCUGGCCGCCACCACCCAGAAGUCUUCGCCGAAUUUUUCAGCGCACGCCGAGUGCUGCGCCUGCUUCAGGGGGGCGCCGGGCCGCCGGGCGCCCGCGCGCUGGCCUGCGUACAGCUCGGCCUGCAGUUGUUGCCCGAGGGGCCCUCGGCCGAUGAGGUGUUCGCGCUGCUGCGGCGCGAGGUGCUGCGCACCGUGUGCGAGCGCCCGGGGCCCGCGACCUGUGCGCAGGUGGCGCGGCUGCUGGCGCGGCACCCGCGCUGCGUCCCCGACGGCCCUCACCGCCUGCUCUUCUGCCAGCAGCUUGUGCGCUGCCUCGGCCGCUUCCGCUGCCCGGCCGACGGCGAGGAGGGUGCCGUGGAGUUCCUGGAGCAGGCCCAGCAGGUGAGCGGGCUCCUGGCGCAGCUGUGGCGCGCGCAGCCCGCUGCCAUCCUGCCCUGCCUCAAGGAGCUGUUCGCCGUCAUCUCCUGCACAGAGGAGGAGCCACCAUCUAGCGCCCUGGCCAGUGUGGUCCAGCACCUCCCAUUGGAGCUCAUGGAUGGUGUCGUCCGGAACCUCAGCAAUGAUGACAGUGUGACCGACUCCCAGAUGCUGACUGCCAUCAGCAGGAUGAUCGACUGGGUGUCCUGGCCCCUGGGGAAGAACAUUGACAAGUGGAUCAUUGCACUGCUGAAGGGCCUGGCCGCUGUUAAGAAGUUCAGCAUCUUGAUCGAGGUGUCACUCGCCAAAAUUGAGAAGGUUUUCUCCAAGCUUCUGUAUCCCAUUGUCCGGGGAGCCGCCUUGUCUGUCCUCAAGUAUAUGCUCCUGACCUUCCAGCACUCCCAUGAGGCCUUCCACCUGCUCCUCCCUCACAUCCCCCCAAUGGUGGCCUCUCUGGUCAAGGAGGACUCCAACUCGGGGACCAGCUGCCUGGAGCAGCUGGCGGAGCUGGUUCACUGCAUGGUGUUCAGGUUCCCCGGCUUCCCGGAUCUGUAUGAACCCGUCAUGGAGGCCAUCAAGGACCUCCAUGUUCCCAAUGAGGACCGAAUCAAGCAGCUGCUGGGGCAGGAUGCCUGGACCUCGCAGAAGAGUGAGCUGGCUGGCUUCUACCCCCGGCUCAUGGCCAAGUCAGACACUGGCAAGAUUGGUUUAAUCAAUCUGGGCAACACGUGCUAUGUGAACAGCAUCCUUCAGGCCUUGUUCAUGGCUUCCGAUUUCAGACACUGUGUGCUCCGUUUGACUGAGAACAACUCCCAGCCCUUGAUGACCAAGCUGCAGUGGCUCUUCGCCUUCCUGGAGCACAGCCAGCGGCCUGCCAUUUCUCCAGAGAACUUUCUAUCUGCAUCCUGGACACCCUGGUUCAGCCCUGGCACCCAGCAGGACUGCUCGGAGUACCUGAAGUACCUGCUGGAUCGGCUGCACGAAGAGGAGAAAACGGGGACGAGGAUCUGCCAAAAGCUGAAGCAGUCCAGCUCGCCCUCCCCGCCCGAGGAGCCCCCCAGCCUGAGUCCAACCUCGGUGGAGAAGAUGUUCGGGGGCAAGAUUGUGACUCGGAUAUGCUGUCUCCGCUGCCUUAACAUCUCCACCAGGGAGGAGGCCUUCACGGACCUGUCUCUUGCCUUUCCCCCGCCUGAGCGCUGCCGCCGCCGCCGCCUGGGCUCAGUGAUGCUCCCUGCAGAGGACGUCGGCGCCCAGGACCUCCCUUCGCCAUCGCGAGCCCAGGCGCCAAGCAGGGCGGCUCCUCGGAGGCAGAGGAAACACUGCAUCACAGGGGACGUUCCCCCCACCGUCCUUAACAUUGAAGGCCUGGGCCCCCAGGGCCCCGAGGGGCAGAGCAGUCAGGAGGAGGUGACAAAGGAGGAGGAAGAGGAGGAGGAGAAGGCGGAGAAGGUGGAAAAGGAGGAGAAAGUGGAGAAGGAGGCCGAGAAGGAGAAGGAGGCGGAGAAGGAGAAGGAGGCCGAGAAGGAGGAGGACGGCCUGGGCCCAGGGACCCUCAGAAAUGCUUCUGCCCCAUCUGGGGAGGGUUCCCGCUCGGUUCUGGACCUGGUCAACUACUUCCUGUCGCCCGAGAGGCUGACGGCAGAGAACCGCUACCGCUGCGAGUCGUGCGCCUCCCUGCAGGACGCCGAGAAGGUGGUGGAGCUGAGCCAGGGGCCGCGCUACCUCAUCCUGACCCUGCUGCGCUUCUCCUUCGACCUGCGCACCAUGCGGCGCCGCAAGAUCCUGGACGACGUCUCCAUCCCCCUGCUGCUGCGGCUGCCGCUGGCCGGGGGCCGGGGCCAGGCCUACGACCUCUGCAGCGUCGUGGUGCACUCCGGGGUGUCCUCGGAGAGCGGCCACUACUACUGCUACGCUCGCGAGGGUGCGGCCCGCCCAGCCCCGAACACAGGAGCGGCUGAUGGGCCCGAGCCCAACAACCAGUGGUACUUGUUCAACGACACCCGGGUGUCCUUCUCCUCCUUUGAGUCUGUCAGCAACGUCACCUCCUUCUUCCCCAAGGACACCGCCUAUGUGCUCUUUUAUCGGCAGCGGCCCCAGGAGGGGCCUGAGGCUGAGCCCGGCUCUCCCCGAGCCCGGGCAGAGCCCACCCUCCACAAAGACUUGAUGGAAGCCAUUUCCAAAGACAACAUCCUUUUCCUGCAGCUUCCGGCCCCAUCCCCAUCUGUAUUUCCAGGAGCAGGAGAAGGAGGCGCGGAGCAGGGCGGCCUACAUCUCUGCACUCCCCACAUCUCCACACUGGGGGAGGGGCUUUGACGAAGACAAAGAUGAGGAUGAAGGCCCUCCGGGGGGCUGCAGCCCUGCAGGUGGCAGCGGUGGUGACUUCCACAGACUGGUCUUCUAAUGGGAACCCUCAUCCCCUGGCCUGCUAAGCACUUGUGAGGGUGCCACAGGCAACCUCAGUGGGGGGGACCCAGGUCCCGGGCAGAGGUGCUCGGCCAGGUGGGGUCUGAGGGAGGCUGCGCAGGUCCAGUCCUGAAGGCAGGCCCUUCCGAGGGCCAGAGAGAUGGAGCAGGGGGGCUCCUGGGCCCCUGCCCUCAGCCCAAAGGGCACAUGGAGAUUCACUCAGAUACGGAGGUGAGACCCAAGCCCCUUAAACCGGGCCUCAGGCCCCGACACUGGGAUCAGCCCCGUUAAGACUUACUGACACCCAAGUGUCCUGGUCAGCUUGAAGCAGCUGAGAUGGACACUCUCUGGGCCUUGUCC